UCUGCACUGCAAACACGAUAAGAAACACCGUACUUAUAACUUGCUUCCGUGUUCGGCGAGCUAAUUUCUGAGUUCACGAAUCGUUUCGGAUACAAUACAAUUCACAUAUAAAAUAUAAACAAGACGUAUCAGACACCCCACGAAAGGAUCGGAGAAAAGGCAGGCAAGGAGAGAACCGAAGGAGAAGAGAUGUUGCAGAGACCCAGACGAAGGUGCGAGGGUACGGCCAUGGGAGCCAUAAUUCUGGAUCUCCGUCCAGGUUCUGGAAUUGGCCCUUUUGAUCUUGGGAUGCCAAUAUCUGAAGCAUUUGCUCAAAUAGAGCAGCAGCCCAACAUAUAUGACGUUGUCCAUGUGAAGUACUUCGACGAGGAGCCACUGAAAUUGGACAUUGUUAUUAGCUUUCCUGAUCAUGGAUUUCAUCUUCGAUUCGAUCCUUGGUCACAGAGACUACGCCUUAUUGAAGUUUUUGACAUAAAACGCCUUCAAAUGCGCUAUGCUGCUUCUCUGAUUGGGGGACCAUCCACUUUAGCUACUUUUGUAGCUGUGUAUGCACUUUUUGGCCCAACUUUCCCUGGAAUUUAUGACAAGGAUAGAGGGGUUUACACACUAUUCUACCCUGGAUUGUCCUUUGCUUUUCCAAUUCCUUCCCAGUAUACAGAUUGCUGCAAUGAUGGAGAAGCGGAGUUACCACUUGAGUUUCCAGAUGGGACUACACCAGUUACAUGCCGUGUCUCAGUAUACGAUAGUGCUGCAGAUAACAAAGUUGGUGUAGGAUCCCUUUUGAAUAAAGCUAUUGCUCCUCCAUUACCUGUUGACAGUCUCUACAUGGAAGAAGUGCAUGUUAAGCUUGGUGAAGAACUAUGGUUUACAGUGGGUGGCCAACAUAUUCCUUUUGGUGCAUCACCACAGGAUGUGUGGACCGAAUUAGGACGUCCUUGUGGAAUCCAUCAAAAGCAGGUUGACCAAAUGGUGAUUCACUCUGCAUCAGACCCUCGUCCGCGAACAACUCUUUGUGGUGAUUACUUUUACAAUUAUUUCAACCGUGGCCUGGACAUAUUAUUUGAUGGGCAGACUCAUAAAAUCAAGAAGUUUGUUUUGCAUACAAACUAUCCUGGUCAUGCAGAUUUCAAUUCAUAUAUCAAAUGCAACUUUGUCAUAUAUGGUUCUGGUGGGAGUCAAUCUCAGGAAGACAAUGCUUCUAAGCAUUGUAUUACACCAAGCACAAAGUGGGAACAAGUAAAGGAGAUCCUUGGGGAGUGUGGGAGAGCUGCAAUCCAAACGCAAGGGUCCACAAGCAACCCCUUUGGAUCUACUUUUGUAUAUGGAUAUCAAAAUGUUGCAUUUGAGGUUAUGAAGAAUGGGUAUAUUGCCACUGUAACACUCUUCAAGUCAUGAUGAAAACCUAUUGGGUAGGUGGGAACACUUGCAGACAAACUGGUUUCACUGGAUUGUGCUUCCACCAUUCGCCAAGCAGUUAAGUAAAGCUGCUCAAGAGGGAGCCCUUGCAUUGCUGGUGUGAUCGGAUUGUACUGCUGCUGGCAACAACAAAAACUGUACAGAAAAUGUAAUAAUAAGUUGUACAGGUGCACUACAUUCUAGUGAAGUGUUCUUGAUUUAUUCUGUAACUAAAUAUAGGUCAAAGAUUUCUUCUGUAAAUAAAUUUAUAAUGGUAAUUUUAUGCUCCCCUUGGAUUCUUGAAUA